AUGGCCGAUCAUGCCGACCCUUCGCCGCUCGUACCUCCUACGCCGAUCACCGACGCCUCCGAGAUCGACCUCGAAGCAGGUCCUUGCGACCAAAUUCAGUGUCGAAUUUGCCUCGAAACUGACGGUAGGGAUUUUAUUGCACCAUGCAAGUGCAAAGGAACAUCAAAGUAUGUACAUCGAGAAUGUUUGGAUCAUUGGCGAGCCAUAAGGGAAGGUUUUGCAUUUGCACAUUGCACAACUUGCAAGGCGCCGUACCAUCUGAGGGUUCAUGUUGCUGCAGAUAGGAAAUGGAGAACCAUGAAGUUUCGAUUCUUUGUGACAAGGGAUAUCGCUUUUAUAUUUCUGACAGUUCAACUUAUAAUCUCUUCACUGGCUUAUUUGGUUUAUCUAAUUGAUAGGUCUCAUCAGUCAUGGCUACGUCGUACAUGGGGAUUUGAUAGCGAAAUUAGUUUCUACUACAUAUGCGGGGCACUGUUGUUCUUUGCCUUACUGGGUCUGUCAGGGUGCUUUAUCACUUGCUAUGACCGGAGAGUGCGCAAUGACUUGGCUCAACCAUGCCGAGAGGUGUGUCUUUGUUGUUGUCAGCCGGGAAUCUGUGCGGACUGUCAUUUGCCCGGAACACUUUGUAUGUGGACAGACUGUACCACAUGCUUUGAAAGCUGUGCCACUGCUGCUGGAGAAUGUGGUUGCUUAGGGGGUGCUGGCGAAGCAGGGCUACCUUUAUUGUUUAUAAUGGCUUUGAUUGUGCUCGGACUGUUUACUGUCAUUGGAAUAUUCUACAGCGUCUUGGUGGCCACAAUGGUUGGGCAACGGGUUUGGCAGCGUCACUAUCAUAUACUUGCCAAACGGAUGCUGACAAAGGAGUACGUGGUCGAGGAUGUUGAUGGAGAGAUGACCAGUUCUGAUUGGACCCCUCCGCCCCUUCCACCGGAGCACGUUCAGCAACUGAAAAACCUCGGCCUCCUAUGA